UUCUCCCCGUCCAAAAUCAACCUGUUCUUACGAAUCACCGCGCGAAGACCCGAUGGAUUCCACGACCUCGCGUCGCUGUUCCACGUCAUCGACCUCGGGGACGACAUGACGUUUGCGAAGUCGUCGAGCGAGACGAAGGACACGCUGAUCUGUAACGACCCCACGAUCCCGACGGAUUCGUCGAAUUUAGUGAUCAAGGCGUUGGAUUUGUUCCGCGCGAAGACGGGCGUGCGACAGUACUUUUGGAUCGAGCUGGAUAAAAAGGUGCCGCACGGCGCCGGACUCGGCGGCGGGAGCGGAAACGCGGCGACGACGCUCUUCGCCGCGAAUAAGUUGUGUGGAUCGCCGGCGACGGAGGCGGAACUGUUGGAGUGGAGUGGGGAAAUAGGAAGCGAUAUUUCGGUGUUCUUUUCUAAGGGCGCGGCGUAUUGCACGGGGAGAGGGGAGAUUGUGGAGGACGUGGAGCCGCCGUUGGAUUUAGCCACGAAGAUGUUGCUCGUGAAGCCGCCGAUGGGGUGCUCGACGCCGGCUAUAUUUAAGGCGCUCGAUCUCGAUGGACGCUCGAAGGCGGACCCGUUAGAGUUGUUGAAACGCAUCGGCGUCGAUGGAUGCUCGGAGACGGUGUGCAUCAACGAUCUCGAGGCGCCCGCGUUUACGGUGUUGCCCGAACUCGCCGAGCUCAAGGAACGGCUCAAGGCGGCGACGGCGGAUAAAAAGACGGUGGUUUUCAUGUCUGGUAGCGGUAGCACGAUCGUCAUCGUCGGCGACGAUGACGUUCCCGCGUUCGUGGCGCGAGACGACGCCCUGUUCAAGGCGCCCACGCGAUUAAUCACGAGAAAGCCCGGCGAGUGGUAC